UGUUAGACACUCAAUACUCCAUAUUAUUCUUUUAUUUGCAAGUAAAAGAACAAUGGUGAAAUUACAGGGCCUUGGCCUUGAGGAUAUUAAGGGUUGGAAUCAGGCAUGUUUCCUGCUUCUUAUCAGGAAAAUACUGUUGAAAGAUGGUUCGAUCUGGGUAGCUUGGCUGCAUUCCUACAUCAUGAAGGAGAAUUCCUUUUGGGAUAUUGGUUGUGCUCAGAAUUUCAGUUGGGCUUGGAGGAAUAUUCUACAGCUUAGAACUAAAGCUGCUUCGAUCCAGGGAUUGUUGUCUCUUGGUACUGUAGCUAUGUUUUGGCAGGAGAUUCGGUAUAAAAAGGAGAAGGUUCCUUGGGAGAUAUUGGUCUGGCAUCCGGGGCACAUCCCUAAAAAUGCUUUAAUCUCAAGGAUGGCGAUUUUGGACUGGUUACUUACUAAGAGCAGGCUUCUUUCUUUUGGUUUGGCCAUUGAUGGUGAGCGUGAUUUAUGCAUGAAGGAGAGUGAGACUAGGGAGCAUUUGUUUUUUGAGUGUGAGGUAUUUCGACUUAUUUGGAGUAGUAUUCUGGCUCUUUGCAGGUAGAACAGGCCUGAGAUGAACUGGAGUGACGAGCUUGAAUGGGCGUGUCGUAGGCUUAAAGGGAAGUCUUUGAGGGCUUGGGUGUUGAAGCUGGCAUGGAAUAGUUCUAUUGCUGUUGGAAAGCCAGGAAUCAUAAACUGUCUCGGGAUAGCUUGCUUACUGCCUCUGAGAUGGUGGAUCAAGUGAAGGAGAUAGUAAGGCUAAAAUUGUUGGGGAAUAAAUUGAACAGGGAAGGCCAUUUAAAUAGAGAUAUUUGUAUAGCUCGACUGCUUGAGUAAGGGAGGAAUGAGGGCACCCGAAGUAUAAUAAAAGGUACGAAGAA